GGAAGUUAAUUACUGCGCAUGUACGAACACAUGGCUACACUCCUCUGCUCCACGUGAAGCGGGGCUGGAGAAGAUUUAGGGGCUGUUCAAUAAUAUAACUGUAUAUAAAUUUUAAUAGCAGUUUUCAACAUAUUUAGGACACUAUGGGUAAUGUAAAUGCAGCAUCACAACCUCCAUCAACGGCGGUACCACCGUUAUUAACACCACCGCCACCUGCACCACCUAAAGAACCGGCACAAACUUCUGGGCUUUCUGGAGGUCCCCCAUCAGAAAUUCCCCUAACAAAUUUUCCUGACAAUCCUGGAACUUUUGAAGAUCUCCAUAAAAAAUGCAAAGAUGUAUUUCCUCAAGUGUUCGAAGGUGGGAAGCUGAUUAUUUCCAAAGGUUUAAGCAGUCAUUUUCAAAUCAGCCAUACUUUGUCUAUGAGUACAUUCCAGUCAACUGGAUAUCGGUUUGGAGGAACAUAUGUUGGUACCAAAAUGUACAGUGCUCAAGAGGCUUACCCUGUUCUUAUUGGUGAUACUGAUGCUUCUGGUAAUAUGAAUGCAAACAUUAUACAUCAAUUUACUGAAAGACUUCGAGGGAAAUUUGUUGCCCAAAUCCAGAACAGCAAGUGGCUGGCCACACAAUGUGCUGUGGAUUAUAAAGGCAAUAAUUUCACUGGUUCUUGUACUCUUGGAAAUAUAGAUAUUGUUAAUGAAUCUGGUAUUGCAGUUGCUCAGUAUUUACAGAAAGUUAGCUCUUCAUUAAUGCUUGGUGCUGAGCUAUUAUAUCAGUAUGGUAACACCGUCCCUGGGAAUGAAAUGGCUAUACUUUCAUUAGCUGGGAAAUAUUCAGGAGAUAAAUGGCAGCUUUCUGCUAACUGUAGUCCUGCUGCUGGAGGUAUUCACUUAGGCUUUCAUCAGGAGGUCAUGGAAAACCUUGAAAUAGCUGUUGAAAUGGAAUCAAGUUUACAAGAAAGUGCUACAACAGUAGGAUACCAAUAUGAAAUUCCGAAUGCUGGAAUGACAUUUAGGGGACAACUGGAUACCAACUGGUGUGUAGGGGCAAUGUUGGAGAAGAAACUGCUGCCAUUUCCAUUUACCUUUGCUUUGAGUGGAUAUGCUAAUCACACUAAAGCACAAUACCGAUUUGGUGUUGGUCUUAUUGUAGGUUAAAGAAUUUAGGUUAUUAUCACCCAACAGGAACGUACAAGCAAAGAUACAUAUAUUAUCAAAACCUUCAUUAACUCAUCUGUGCAUGGUGAGCCAUACUGAUGUUCUAAGAUGUUAUCUUGAAGGAUGUAUGUUGAUCUGGGUUUUUAUUUAAGCUAACCUAUGUAUAGGUGUUUGAGAAUAUACAUGCAUCUCUCUGUAUAUUUGUAUGCUUAUGCAUAUAAAAAUAUUUGCAUACAUGUGAGUUCAAAUAUGAUGUAUAUCUAUAAUUGUGUGUGUGUUUGUCUGGAUAUAUAAAUUGUAUCAGGACAAUUAAGUUAAAUUCAAACUUAUUUUGUAUGAAAAUGAUCCCAGAUCAGAGAUACUAAAAAAACCUAUAAUAGAAAAUUUAGCUGAGUCUAUGAUAAGUAGACAGCGAGGGGAGUAAAUUUCAGAAAAUAUUGUCUUUUGAUUUUCACCUUAGUAUAGCUGAAAAAUUUAUCUUUAUGGAACCUUAGGUUUUUAACAGAUCUAUAAUAAAAUAUCGGCUUUAAAAUUUUGAUCAUGGCCACUAAUUGAAGUCAUUAAGACUAAAUCAGCCAACUAUCUACAGCAACUUUUCUGUUUUAAGAAUUUUAUUAACAGCUGACUACUUUACUGUAACUGCUAAUUAAUAUCCUAGCAGUUUUUGAAGUUGUUGACUUCAGCAAGAGUUAUAAAAGUGUCUGUGACCUGAUUUUGAUCCCUAAUUGAAGUCAAUUCAUUGAAGCCAUUAAUGCCUUUUAGAAAGGCUCAAACAUUAUACAAUCUCAUUUCCCUUCCCAGUAAGCAUUGAGGUCUUAUGCUUAUGUAAGAGAGCAAUAUUGUUUCUGUUACACAACUUGAAGCAAAUGUUAAUACAUUGUCUCCAUGUAUUUUUAAAGCAAAUUCAUUUUUAAUAAUUAUUGUAACAAGAUGGAGGGAAGGUAGGAUACAUUUACUUUGAUUGGGUUUUGAGAACAAUAGAGCUCUCAGCCAGUUAGUAUUGGUGACCAGAGACAGUACAUUGAUUAAUUUGAACCUGAAAUGUUACUAAAUCUGUUUGCAUUCAUAAGAGUUAAUUUUCAAACACCUAAAAUGGUUACUUAAUUCAAACCCAAUAUUUGCUGGAUGACUUUCUUUUUACCUUCAUUUGUAAACUGUUGACUUAGAUAAAUGUAAAUUUCUUUCACUCUUCAUCAUUUCCCACUUUUUAAAAAUCAACACAUGUUUUUGUUAUAAGAAACUUAAUUCCUCUAUUUUGUGCUUUUGACACAAUCCCAAAAUAUUGAUGCCAUAUCUGUGUUCCUUACUACAUUCAUGUUAUACGCAUUGCUUGAUCACGACAUCUCAAUACUAAGGGGUUUGCCCUUUGUGGAAAAAUUUGAAUCAAUAAAUAUGAACAUUUCUAGAUAUACUAAAAGGUUUGUCGAUCUUUAAUUAGCAGUCAAUGUAAAAUAUUCAAUGGGAUAUAAAAAUAUGGGGAGGGGGCAGCCUGCUGUUAAUAUUCUUCAAGCUUAGCUAGUUGUUUGACAAAUGUUAUGUUCUUUGGAUGUCAAUAUAUCGAAGGGUCUUAAUGUACUUCAACCCAUUUCAUUUACUUCAUAUUCAAUUCUGGAGUUUGAAAAGUAUGUUGAUUACAAAGACAGUGAGACUCAAGUUAUUUAAAUGAAUCAAUCUUCGUCUGAUUUCGAUAUUCUUUAUAUCAUGGUUAUAGAAGUAUUUAUUCAAAAGUAGUAAAGUGUCAAAAGCAUUUCAAAUCUGUGUAAAGAUAGAAAUAUUUCUCCCUCUCUCUCUCUGCCUUAAUUUCAUAAUUUUUCUUACUGAAUAAACUCUGUUACAAAAUAAGCUUGGAUUGAGUAGUAAAUCCCAGUAUAUCCUAGUUUAUUUAUUUUCUCCGUUCUGCAUGCCAUUACCUACAAAAAGAAAAUUGAAUACUGGGAUACUAAUUUGAAACAUCAAAUGUUUUGAAGGGAUUGUCUGUUUAUAAAAUGAAUACUUCAGGGAAUUUUGAAAAGAAAAUCUAUGACUAUGUUUUAAGAUAUAUAAACGACAAACAUUCUUCUAUUUUACAAGCUUAUACUUUCAUUUGUCUGAUAAUGCUUUGAAUCAAUUUUAUAGACUGCUGCAUCUAAAAUAUAUUGAUUUCUUAUUGCUUAGCACAACAUCAUAAGAACGGUGACGGAGAACUACACUAGUGGUGUGCAGCUUGACGGAGAAAGCCUGUGCAAUCUGAGAUACACCAAUGACACAACCCUCAUAAGUAACAGCAAGGACGAAUUGCUGCAUAUGAUACACAAAGUGAAAGACAUGAGUGCACAGAGUGACCUAUUCCUGAAUGUAAAGAUGACAAAGAUCUUGGUGGUGGAUAAGUACAGGACAGACCAAGGUGACUUCACCGUAGACGGAGAGAUGAUUCGGGAAGUGGAUGAUUUUGUGUACUUGGGAUCCACAAUCAGCACCAGUGGAACAAGCACACCAGAGAUAUGGAGAAGGCUCGCGAUAGCGAGGCAAGCGGUACAAGAUAUGGAGAACAUCUGGAAGAGUCGUGGCGUGUCAAUGCUGCUGAAGAUAAGGCUACUUCGGGCUGUCACUUUCUCUAUUGCAGCGUAUGGCUGCAAGUCGUUGACAAUGUUGAAGGCAGACGAGAAAAGAGUGAACGCUUUUGAAAUGUGGUGUUACCGCAGAAUCCUUAGUGUCAUGGACGGAGAGAAGGACAAACAACUGUGUACUAGAAAAGCUCGGUUGCAAGAUGACACUUCGGCGAAACAUCAUGAAGUGGAAGCUACGGUUCUUUGGCCACGUCAUGCGCUAGGAUGGACUUGAGCAAACGAUCAUAACUGGCAAGGUGAACGGCAGACGUAAAAGGGGCAGUCCACCCACUUCUUGGCUGAAAGACAUCGCAGCCACAGGAUUGUCUUUAUUCUCAGCUGUCCUUGGGGUAGAAAACAGGAGAAGGUGGCAAGAUAUCAUGAUGACCACAGCAUCGCAUAAUGUGACACCUGACUAGAGAGAAGAAGCACAACAGAGUUGACAGUUAUUGGUUUCCAGGGAGCCAGUUGUUGCUUUGCUGCAUUUUCAAUGACAUGGGAGUGUCUGUACAACUCAAGCAGAACAAACAACACAUUUUGUUUGAUGCACCAGCUUAUCAGCAAUUAUCUCUUACCAAUACACAAACUUUUAUCCAAAAUGCUUGGCAUCAGAAAUGUUUUGGAUAAAAUUUUUUUUUUUUUUACUGAAUUAUUCUACUUAUGCAUAUAUAUAUAUAUAUAUAUAUAUAAUAGGGAGACUUGGUAAUGGAACCUAGCCUUAAGCAUGUCCAUUUACUUCAUUGUACUGCUUAUACAUGCAGGAUGUUUUAUUAAAUAAGCAUCACCUUCAUGCAAGCCGUGUCUGUUUCCAAUCUUUCAUGAAAACCUGACUUAUUAUGAGGAAAUAUUUCCAUACUUGGAAAUCAGUGAGAGUUGGUCACAGGGAGGACAACCAGCUGAAGAAUCUGCCUCAACAAAUUCUGUCCAACCUAUGCGAGCAUGUAUAAGCGGACAGUAAAACAAUAAUAUAAAUGUAGUGAAAAUAAUAAUUUCAUUUAUACUGAUAGUCACAUUACAUGCAUCCAGGGCAUUAUAAAUAUAGGUGAUUUCAUAUAAAAAUGUUUUAUUUUUACCCAAGAUAAGUAUCAGAAACAGUUGAGAAACCUGAAGUAGAUACUGCAACACUGAGGUAGUACUCUGUUCAAUCACUUUUAACCCUUUAGCGUUCAUAUUAAUCUGCCAAAUGCAAUGGUUAUGCAUUCACAUUGUUUUGAAUUAAUCAUGCAUUAUUUCAUAGCUUUGGGAUUUCAAUGGUAUGAUUGUUUUUUAGAAUUACACUGUAGGGUAGGUGUAAGAGGACAAAUCUGGCUAGUUUGAACAUAAGACAGAAUAUUUGGACUGGAUAUGGUUGGUUUAAAUGCUAAAGGGUUAAAUGAUUAUUCGAGUGACAGCUGCAUCGUUUACAAGUGUUUUGUUGAUUUUGUUUUUAUAUAUAUAUAUUUUGCCAUGAUUUCUUGUUCUGUAAUGUCUGCCAGCUACUCUAGUCCUUCAAUAAGUUCAUCUCGCAUUUUCACUAUGUUAUCUAUGGGCACCUUUCCCUCUGUUAACCAUGUUAUCACCAUUAAGAUUGCCUUGUUUGGAAAAUAUUUCAGCUGUUUCACCUUCAGUUAUGGAAUGAGCAACUGGAGCAUUGUUAUUAAUGAAAACUUCCUUGAUAUUCACUUCCUCUGACUUGCUGAUGAAUUCUAACUUGAUAUUUUCCUGUAUGUAAGGUCUGACAUCUCACUUAAUUUGCAGAAUUCUCUAAACUCAUAGCUUGUAGUUAUUGGUUAGAGGUUGUGCCAGGCAUGCACAAGGGUGUCUUAAGCUAUUUGAUCCCAUACAUUGGUGACUUCCUUUAUGUCAUCCUUUAGAAUAACUCUUUUUUUGGAAGCCUUUCACAACUGCCAGUAUGCUGUUCAAGAAAAUGUUUGCAUUGAUGUAAGGACACUUUAGUUGCAUGGCUGAAUUAAUGAUAUCUACAUUUUGAAGAAAAGUACAUUACAUAAACAUUAUUUUUGAUUAGAAGUUCAGAUGGUGGAUGAACUGAAUAUUUGUACAGAAAUAAAAUCUUACUCUUGA